CUCGAUACAAAAUGAAUGUGUAUAAACGUGGUAUCACCAMUGAGUCUGACUGUUCACUUGGACAAAGAGCAAUAUAACUUUGGUACGAUGGAAAAAGUAGUUCUGAUUGUUUUGCUGGCCGGUGUCUGUGUGUUCGCAAAGCCUUCUCAAGUCGAUUCUGGAGAAUGUGAUGUCAGUUCAUAUCGAAGAGAAUGUGGUUGGUUGGGUAUCGACAGGCAAACCUGCUUAAACAGAGGCUGUUGUUGGGAUUCGAGUGACCCUGACUCAAAAUACUGCUUUGUAAAAAAAGGCAAAAAUCUCCUUGAGGGACAGUGUCCCGUUGCGCCAUCCGAACGUCAGGAGUGUGGCUUUUUCGGAAUCACUAGAGACCAAUGCCUCAGUAAGAAAUGCUGUUGGGAUGACUCGGUACCAAGCGCCAAGCAUUGUUUUAAAGAACCUGAUUUACCUCRAGUUGGUUGCUACAUCUAUCAUGGCGUGUCUGGUACCUGCCGUUACACGUGCCACGCCGGCGAAUCCAAGGCUUAUGGGAUGUGGGUCUGUGGUGGAAGAAUUUGUUGUUAUACAUCGAAAUGUAAGUUUAAAAAAAUGGGAAAUGAUGAUUGCAACACUUUUGACAAUGAAGAUGUCAAGAAAGAAUCUUAUAUGAUGAAAAACGUAGCCCUGUUGGUCACACUAGCCGGAAUUUGUGUCUUAGGAAAGCCAUCAUGGGAGGAUAGUGGACAAUGUGCCAUUUACGGGUCCAAUCGCAUUGAAUGUGGAUGGCUUGGAAUUGAUGAAAACACGUGCUUGAAGAGAGGUUGCUGUUGGGAUAAGAGCGACUACAGAGCUGCGUACUGCUAUGUGAAGAAAGGAGCUCAUCUUCUCGAAGGACAGUGCCCUGUUGCACCCUCUGAACGUCAGGAGUGUGGUUACUUCGGUAUAACAAGACAACAAUGUCUUAGCCGAAUGUGUUGCUGGGAUGACUCGGUACCCAACACCAAGUACUGCUUCAAAGAGCCAAAAAUGACACCAGCAGGAUGCUACAUAUAYCAUGGGAUUUCUGGAAUAUGUCGUUUUAUUUGUCGUCCAGGCGAGGCUAAGAUUUAUGGGGUGUAUUCGUGUGGUGGAAGAGUCUGUUGCAAUGCCGGGAGAACAAGUGGGAAGUGAUGCUGACAUCAGCAAAGAUCACUUUUGGAGAAUGAUGAAGCURAAACUUAACGUCKUAAACUUUAACUCGUAACAUUACUGCAAUUUUUGCAAAUAUGACAAAUUUAACGAGAACUUAGCAUUUUUUUCUCAUUAAUUAACAUUAGUGAUUACCCUGCGAACAGAGUGUUUUUACCUUAACUCACCAAAAAAUCGCGAAKAAAAUAAUUCCUUCGCGAAUUUUUGGUGAGGUAAGGUAAAUAACAUUCUGUUCGCAGAGUAAUCAAUGACCGAACUGGCUUCGYGAGACUGGCCUCCCUUAAAACCGAACGAUUAGCGAACAUUCAAUAGAACUUGAACUUUGUUGAGUGAGGGAAUAGUGUUUACAUAUUUACGAUAAAUUGCGGUAAACAUUUGUAAUACAAAGAGAAAACCAGUAAGACUAGUCAAUAAAGUUGCUACCAUACGAC